CAGGUGCCUAUCUAGCAACCGCGAUGCCACAGCAGAGCCAACCGCAGCCAGACGCAGCACAGUUGUCCACAGCCGCACUACUUGUCAUGCCGCUACCGCGGACCGCUACCUAGACACCAGCCGACAUCAUGAGGAGGCGUUGCGGAGAGUGGCAGCCAAUCCAGCAGAGUCAGAAGGUUCCGUAGGCUGGCGGCAGAGGAUCCAGCAUUUGGCCCCAGCAGGGGAGCAUGGGCGCCCGCACGCCUUGCUGUAACAUUCUUCUCUCCGCCCCCCCAUCUACCAAAGCGGCUGCUUGGGCAGGAGCAGCAGGCAGGGGCCCAAACCGGGCGCUGCUGCGUCUGCUGGUGGACAAGUACGCCCACCUGGUGGUCUACGUGGACGAAUACUACACCAGCCAGGUGUGUGCGAAGUGCGGACGGCGCCUGCUUGGUAACGGGCAGCGCUGCCUGGAAGUUGUGAUUCCGUUUGGUGGCUCGCGUGCCCGCGACGUCCAAGUGUGCCAACACUGCGGGACUGUGUGGGGCCGCGACGCCAACUCGGCUACAAACAUGCGGCACGCGCUGAUGGAGAUGCUGCUUGGCAAACCGCGGCCUGCAGCCCUGCGACCUGCUGGCGGCGGUGGCGGUGCAGGGCCUGGCGGCGGCGGUGGCGGUGGCGGUGGUGCAGGGCCGGGAGACGGCGGUGGCGGCGGCGGUGGCACCGCGCCUACCGGCGGCAACAGCAGCGGCCACGGCGUUGGGCCCGGUGGUGGCGGCGGCACGGGCGGCCCUGGGCCCAGCGGCAGUGGCGGCGCGCAUGUUCGGAGCAGAGGGGGCAGGCAAGGCCACGUGGAGGAGGACAGCGCGGUGCCGCCUUCAAAGCGGCGCCGGCGCGCAGGUUGAGACCUGCCGGUGUUGUCUGGUUAGCGACCUGUGCUGACGAGCAUGGCGUAGCAGGCAGUCGGCUGCAGCGGCAGGGGUGUUUUCCUUGCUGUCUGGUUGGAUGGCCUGCUGCCUGCUGCACUAGUGCUUGAUAGCUGGGCGCGACUGGGCACAUAUGGCGGGCGGUGCCUGUACAAACCGACUCCGGCUAUGUCCGGGAGAUGAGGCUAGUAUCGGAACCUUCGGCCUCAGACGAAGGACGUGGCGUGGCGGCACAGCCCACUUUUCCCUUGCAAGGGAGAGCCACCUUUUCUUGUUGACAUAAGGUAGCACCCUGCUCCCUGCUCCCUGCUUUCCUGCCUCCCUAAGGCAGCCACCUCCUUGUUUCCGCCGUGACAGAUGAUUUGUGCUCCCUGAGAGGUUAUGGAGACAUUCUAGAGGGGCGUGGAAGCGGGACACUCUAGAGGGGCAGGAAGGAAGACUUGACGUGAGCACGAGCGCCGCCAAGCAGACAGAGGCACAGAGCAAAGCAAAGCACACUAAGGGCCAUGGCUUGCAAUCUGUGUGAUUUUUGACAUAUAGUAGGAGGAGCUUGUGGCUACGCUAGCGCAAUACACCGCCGCAAAGCUGGGAGAUGUUACUUAAAUGGGCUCCAGGACGCGUAGCUAUGCAAAUGUGGGCGAGUCUUGGUAUGUCGCAAGGUUGUAUGUCGCAUUUCACAUGUCGACAUGUCGCAACCUGACCAUGUCAAAUAAUGUGCACACAGCCAUAAGUAGCAGUGAGGGGAAAGAGAUGCUGGAGCAGGCAGUAGGGUACCUGCGUGUGUCGAAGACGCGUCUAUCC